AUGUCUACUCACCAGUCUUCUUCCCACAGACCACCGAAAUCAAUCCGCAGUCCAACUUUGAUAAGGAAGGCGAAGCCCCAGCCCCAGUUCCAGUUCCAGCAGGCCCAGGCCCCGGUUGAUAAGACUGAGCUGGCCAAGCGAUUGGAAGUUGUUGAGAAGGAGCGCUUUCAAGAGGGGCUGACGCUGCUGAAUGAGGAGUGGCAGGAACUGGAGGCUUUGAAGUUGAUGGAUGAGAGUGCGAAGAAGGGGGAUGAUAUGGGUAAGGGUAAGGCGAUAGUUAAGAAGGCUUCAAAGCCAGGCCCUACUCCUACUCCUGCUCCUAUUCCUGCUCUUAGCCGUGGCCCGGGCCCAGUAUCCAAGGCACCUGCCGUACCGGCAAUUUUGUCCUCGAUUGAGGCUAUUUGUGAAAGUUACAGUAACAAAGGCUCUGCUUGUUCAGAACAUCAGAGUUUCCACACGGCGAGAUCAGACUGUACUAAUGAGAGUUUUCAUACUGCGCUGGGCGGGUCUGACGGCGACGGUGAGGGUGAGAAGGAGGCAGAGGCAGAGGCAGAGGCGGAGAAGGCGCUUCUGAAUUCGAGGAAAAUUUGCGAACAUUGGCAGGUGGAGCUUGAUCGGGGUCAGGAUGAACGGGCUGAUUCUGCCAUACGGGAUAUUGCUAAUAUUGGGAGGGAGUGA